AUGAUUAAACUACCAGUACUGCUGAUCAUCGGUAUUUUGUUGGCGUGCGGUGCUUUCGAAUGGGCAGAAGCUAGAGGUGGCGGAGGACACGGUGGUGGUGGUGGUGGUCGUGGUGGAUUUGGCGGAGGAAGAGGUGGAUUUGGCGGGGGAAGAGGUGGCUUUGGGCGAGGAUUUGGUCCCGGUCGUGGGUUUGGUCCUGGAUUCGGUAGAGGUUUUGGACGCGGCAGGGGUCCUGGUUUUGGACCUAUUGUCUACGGUGGAGUUGGUGUGGCAACAUUUGUGCCUUACGUACGUCCAUAUUGCCCAUACUAUAUGUGGCCGUGUUACUAUUGA